CUUUUCCGUUCCUUGCACGCCCUGAUACAUUCGUUAUCUAGCUCUCUUGGAGUCCUUUUCAAUAUGCUCCUGAUUUUUCUCGUUUUGAAGAAAACCCCAAAACAGCUCAGAACUUAUUCGAUUUUGAUUCUUAACUUUGCAUUGUGCGAGCUUUUCACAUGCUUAGCAGAUCUACUAGUUCAACCGAGGUGA